GCGUGGCGGGGAGAGGAGGAACAGUAUUUUGAGGCUUACAUUUUUCCUCUAGUCGUUGAAAGUGAUGUGAAACAUGUAGUGAAGAGGAAGCUAAGUACAGAUGUCCACGAUGCAUGAAAUAUUCGUGCAGUCUGUUGUGUGUAAAGAAGCAUAAGCUUGCACUGAGCUGUAAUGGAGUCAGGGAUAAAACAGCAUUUGUCUCUGUAAAUGAAUUUACUGACUUGAACCUUUUGAGUGAUUAUCGUUUCCUGGAAGAUGUAGGAAGGACAGCUGAUGCUGCUGCUCGACAUCCUACUGUGCAUAGUCCAACAACAAAAAAACUUUUAUAUUGCUUGAGAAACAAAGCUCGAAGGUGUAAUAUUGACCUGAGAACGCUACCCAUUGGAUUUACAAAAAGAAGAGAAAAUUCAACGACCUUCAAUUGCAUGGAGAAAAAGUUCUACUGGCAUUUGAAGCUCGUAUUUCCUCACUGUCAUGCUGAAUACACUUUAAAAGGGGUGCCUGACGAUAAAACACUUGCUGAUAUCCUUAAGCCGUACAUUGAUCCAGUGGAGUCAGACCCUGUAGUUUGUCAAAGAUUAAAAAUCUAUACGGUUUCUCCUCAGUCAGACGUACAAAUUUUAAUGAAAAUAGAAAACAGGAAACAAAACUCUAUCAGGUACAAUGAACUGGAUGCCAGUAGAAGCCUCCUGGACAAUUUGAAAGGCAAAGUAAUAAUUGAGUAUCCAACGUUAUUUGUGGUCUUGAAAACAUUGAAGAAUGACAUGGUGGUUCUUGGCCAAGAUGCCCGUGAACCUGCAGAGAACUCGGACAGUGAAAGUUCAUCCCUUUCAUCUAUGGAAGAAGGGGAAAUUCGGGACAGUUCAUGACGGUUCUUUGAGAGAAGAGGGUGGAAUGAACCUUUUUUUUUUUUAAUUUUAUUUUAUUAAAUCUUUUUUUAUGCAACUGAGUUCUCAGGUUUGGUUUGGCUUCCUUCACUAAAGAAAGCACUUCCAAACUGCCUGCCUAUUUUUGGAUUUAGGAAUGCAUAUUUAGGGAUGUAAAUAAAGAGAUGGGGAAUUGCUGGUUUUAGGAAAAAAAUGAUAUUCUUAUUUAACUGCACCCUCUUGUCCAUGUAUCUUUAAUAAAUCAGAGUAACCCAAAUUUAAAGUUUCCAAGUUAGUUUCAACAGUAUAUUUUUUUCCUUUUACCCUAACAGCUCGGUGUCUGAUUUCCGAGUUUAAAUAUCUGAUCACAUAUUUGUAUUUAUAUGCGGAUUUGAGUCUUAAUGCUUAAACUUACUGAAAAAUACACUGGUGUUUCAUUAGAUUAAUUUUGUUUUAGGGUAUUUCUUUGUCAUGCUGAGCUGCUGCAAAUGAUCUUACUUCACUUUUGACUUAAUCUUCUGUGGUGACAUUUUGGGUGCCUGGUGCAAUAAUUUUUUUUUUUUUUUUACUUGGUUGCAUCUUGUUUAAUGUGUCAAAGACAGGUCAGACCAUGUUUUCAGGGUGGCAUGUUGCCAUAUGUUUAAUCUUCUACCCUGAUCUUCUAAAUUAGCAUGGGUUUUAAAAUCCAUAGAAACGGAUACAUAGAGUGUCACUAGGGCUAAUAUAUUGGACUUCUAAACAAUGCUUAUGUUAUGCAUCUCAUAUUACUAGUUUACCUCCUGAAGCCAGGUAUUGUAAAUAUUUGCUGGAAUAUCAACUAAAUUUACCUACUUAAAAACAAAU